AUGGCAUACAAAUCAAUACCAGGAAGAAAGUAUUGGAGAAAAGUGGUGCAUUUGGUUUUGCAUCUAAUGGCAUUAGCAUCUGGAAUUUUUGGUGUUUGUAUGGCUUUCAAGUUUCACCAUGAAAUCAAACUUUCAGACCUUCUUUCAUUGCAUUCUUGGAUUGGUUUGAUAGCCAUUUCCUUGUAUGCUUUUCAGUGGAUAUUUGGUUUCUUUGUGUACUUCUUCCCUGGAGCAGAAUCAAGAAGAAGAGGAAACAUGUUGCCAUGGCAUGUUUACUUUGGAAUAUUCAUAUUUUUAAUAGCAACAUGCAAUGCUGAAUUAGGGUUACUUCAAAGGUUCAAUACAUUGGUUUUAGGUCAUUCACAGCAAGGCCUUAUUGUCAACUUCACUGGCCUUCUUCUUCUUCUCUAUGCCGCCACUGUUGUGCUCACUGUCAUUCUUCCACCCCUUUACUGA